AAACUGUAUAUGGGGUGCUGCCCACCAGUAUGGAGACUGAAUCAUCAAAUGGCAAAGAGGGGAUGGAGGCAACUGGUGAAGGGUCAGAGGCUGCUGAUGCUCUUACUGGAUCUGGAGAUGAGGAGAGUGGCAGGCAGCUGGGAGAGGUGGAGCUGCAGUGUGCUUUGUGCAUGAAGUGGUUCACUGCAGACACAUUUGGCAUUGGCACAGAAACCUGUCUGCCCUUUAUGACCAAUUAUGUGUUUCACUGCAAUGUGUGCCAUCACAGUGGUAACACAUACUUCCUUAGAAAACAAGCAAACCUGAAGGAGAUGUGUCUCACAGCCCUUGCAAACCUGACAUGGAGAUCCAGAACACAAGACGAGCACCCAAAGACCAUGUUCUCCAAAGACAAGGAUAUCAUUCCAUUUAUUGACAAGUACUGGGAGUGCAUGACAACUCGCCAGAGACCCGGGAAGCUCACCUGGCCAAACAACAUAGUGAAGACGAUGAGCAAAGAGCGCGAUGUUUUUCUGGUGAAAGAACACCCUGACCCUGGCAGUAAAGACCCUGAAGAGGAGUACCCUAAAUUUGGGCUUUUGGACCAGGACCUGGGAAACAUUGGACCCUCAUAUGAUACACAGAAACAGACCACUGGUACUCCCGUGACUGGUGGGCUCAAUGGUGGAUCUUCUUUCUCAGGUGCUUUGGCUCGCCCAGGAAAAGGAAGAGGAGCCAAACGUAAACAGCAGCAGCAACAAGAGGGAACGGCUGCAGGAGCAACUAAGAGAACCAGGAGCGACCCCCUGUUUUCAGCCCAGCGGCUGCCUCCUCAUGGUUACCCCCUGGAGCACCCAUUUAAAGAUGGAUACCGUUAUGUUCUCGCAGAACCAGACCCGCAUGCUCCAGACCCAGAGAAGCUUGAGCUGGACUGCUCAGGCAAACCAAUACGUGAUCUGUACAGGGCCUGUCUGUAUGAGAGAGUGCUGCUGGCCUUACAUGACAGAGCACCUCAGUUGAAGAUCUCUGAUGACCGCCUGACAGUGACCGGGGAGAAGGGUUACUCCAUGGUCCGAGCUUCCCAUGGCGUGCGGAAAGGCGCCUGGUACUUUGAGGUGUCUGUUGAUGACAUGCCUCAAGAGACUGCAGCCAGACUUGGCUGGGCUCAACCACUUGGUAACCUGCAAGCACCUGGUUACGACAAGUUCAGCUACUCAUGGCGCAGUAAGAAGGGAACGCGGUUUCACCAGUCGAUAGGAAAGCAUUAUUCUUCAGGCUAUGGUCAGGGAGACACACUGGGCUUCUUCAUAGAGCUGCCUGAAGAAACAGAGAUAGCCAAGGCUCUGCCUGAUACAUACAAGGACAAGGCACUAAUUAAGUUCAAGAGCUACCUGUACUUUGAGGAAAAGGACUAUGUGGACAAAGCAGAGAAAAGUCUGAAGCCAAUGAGCCCCAGCAGGAUGAUUUUCUAUAAAAAUGGAGUGAACCAAGGUGUUGCCUUUGAAAACCUGUUUGAGGGCCUCUACUUCCCUGCCAUCUCACUGUACAGAGCUGCACGGUCAGUUUCUGUCAAUUUUGGGCCCCACUUCAAAUACCCUCAAGAUGUUAAGUAUCAGCCGAUGAGUGACAUGGGCUGGGGAGCUGUGAUCGAGCACACUCUAGCUGAUAUGCUGAACCAUGUGGAGACUGAGGUGGAUGGACGACGCAGUCCUCCAUGGGAGGGAUGAAAACAUUAAAUUGAGUAUACCUCAUGCUGCGAUAAACUGUAAGAAGCUGCAGCAUUUCAGCCCCUGAGAUAGAAAAAUACGGUCAGCAGAGAAGCAUUUUUACCAGACAUAAGACCUUUGAAAAUGACAACUAGCUGAUGGCUGCAUACCAUUAGUGUGCCAUCAGGAGACAAUUCCACACCAGACUUUCUUAUCAGCUUACUUACGGUGCUUUGGCUUCAAACAUGUAGAUUUUGAAGUUGUUAUGCUAUAGAGAGAUCUUACUGGAUGUUAGUUUAACACAUUUUUGGUAUCACGAUGUGUAUAUUGCUGCUGCCAAACAAGCCGUUUCAGCAUUUCACUUACUCUGUAGACAAAAAUCUGGAGUCCUUUUAUUUUCUUUUUUGUGUGUGUUUCUGCUAUUUACUGUUUUAUACACUGGGUACAAUUAAUAAAAAAAAUGCCACA